GACUAGCCGACUGUAGCUUCGGCCGGUCCUCUCCCUGCAGAAGUUCCCAUGUGGGAUGAUGCUCAGCGCUCGACCUGGGAGGAAGCCAUAUUGACAUCAGGUCGCUGGUUUCUAAAUUUGAACGGGCACCAUCUGCAAACAUGUUCUCAAGAGCCCUGAGGAGGCGGGCUCUGCCCAGUCUGCGGGCCCUCGAAUCAAGAAUAUCAACACCAAUCCAGCGCCGCACCCUCGUCCGCGCACCCAAACCCGGCGAUGGCCCUCUGAUGGAGCGUCGACCCGACCGCGAACUUCCCAGCGUGGAAUCGGUCUCCUUCCGCUGGAUGCGCACCUUCCCCAUCUUCGUCUUCCUCAUCACCCUCUCGAGUCUGGCCAUCUUCAACUACCAGAAGCUGUCCUCGCCGACCGUAUCCUCGACCCUCUAUGCCCUGCGCACCAGCCGCAAGGCCCGCGAGUACCUGGGCGACGAGAUCUACUUUGCCCAGCAGAUCCCCUGGAUCUCGGGCACCAUGAAUCAGCUCCGCGGCGUCAUCGACAUCUCCUUCCGCGUCAAAGGCAACAGGAACGAGGGCGUAAUGCGCUUCGUCAGCUUCCGCCCCGGCCCCAAGGCCAUGUUCGAGACCACCGAGUGGAGCCUCGAGACCAAGGAUGGGCAGACCAUUGACCUUCUGGAUGCAGAGGCUGGUGACCCCUUCAAAGCCCUCGAGGGGAGCGCUUUCCUGGAUGAGGACGAGGUGCAGCAGAAUGGCAGAGGCUUCAGGACGGAGCUCAAGUGAGGGGCUUGGCUUUGUUCGACGUCUCGUUGAGGUCUUGCGAGCGCUGGGCUGAAGAACGAAAGAGCGAGGCAGAGGUCUGUGCUUUCGCUUCGCCUUGUCACCGGUCUCACAAUGGGCAGGUCUGAGGAACCUCGAAACGAGUCGGCCAAACAAGAUGGUGUGAUGCUCGGCCAAUAUUUCUCUUUCCCGAGAUGCCGGGCAAAUGGGAGCAAGUUGGUGGGCGCCUACGGUGAUCACCUGCAACGACGGCUGGGAUGGCUCGCAGCGAUGGGCGUGGGCCGAGUCAAUCAGGCAUAUAGGGGUCUAUCUGUAUAGUUUGCGGUGAAAUGGCGUUUGGAAUCCACCAGGGAAGGGUUCACCUGGUCACACUUGUCACACUUGUCAGGACCGCGGGAAAGAGUGUGUGGAAUGCCUCUAUUGAUGUCUUGAGAUGACAUCGUAUAAGUGUACACUGCUGUAUAUAUUACAUAUGAACAC